AUGGGUGUCCGCAUCCUGGAGGCAGUACGCCGUGCCAUUGCCACCUUUUGGGAGAAUCAUGUACAUUUCAUCGAGCUGCAUUAUCUCUAUAUCGGCUUUAUGAUCUUUUUAUCAUCGGGGCUCUACUACUGCCAACCAGGUACCUCAUGGAAUUACAUCGAUGCUCUCUUUACGGCAACAACUGGUGUCACAAACACUGGUCUUAAUGUCAUUGACAUGUCCGCUCUUUCUACUUUUCAAAUCCUCAUCAUGUUAUUCAACUCUUUUAUUACAUCCCAUGUCGCCGUCUCCUACAUUGUCCUCGUUGUCCGCAAACAUUACUUUUCAAAGCGAUUUGAAGACAUUCUCUUGUUCAACAAGGCUCGUCGCAUGCGUGAAGAAAGUCGACGUCGACAACGACAACAAAGAAAACAUCAACAACAAAGCACGAGCAGCGUUGUCAUUCGACCUUUAGACACACACAUUGGCAAGCGACGCAGUGCAGCUAUUACCUUAUCAGCAUCCUCCGCCAUCAUUGACCCCCAACAACACCGCCGUUCAUCACUCAAUUCAAUUGCUUCAUCUCCUGUGCGUGGCGUGCAUGAUCGGAAUACUCCACGACGCCACCGUUCAGCUUCAACCUGGAUGACCAGCCACAAUGAAAUACGUGCAUUCUUUCAAGAUUUACGGCAAGAACAAAACAAGUUGAUGGAUCAACGAGAGCAACAAAUCAACAUCAAUCUCAACAACGAUAGCAGCAACACCGUGUUGGAUGAUACUACUACUACCAAUAAUCUAGAUCAACUUGAAAAACAAAUGACAAGAGCAGUACACCCAUACGAUCAUAAAGUAAAUAACAGCGGCAGUAGCAGCACCGUCCAUGACAACAAAGAACAACAAGGCAUUGCAUUUGCAGGCAAUAUUGAACAACAGCGUGAAAUGGCACGACGACGACUAGAACAAGAACGCCGAUUUGAGGAAUUGAUGGAAAAGAUUAGGCGUGAUGUGCCAUUGACCGAAACGCUUGUUGAUACAUCCGAAGAUGAAGAUGAGGACAAUGAUUCAUUCUUUGAAGACAUUAUGAGACAACCCAUUGACAAGAGCCAAUUGACGCGACAACAACGAUAUCGCAUUGGUGGUGCAGAGUAUAUGGCAUUGGAUAUUUUAUCACGUUUGGUACCAGCCUACUACCUUGGAUUCAUUAUCAUCUCCUCCUUUUGCUUUCGAGGUUACAUUGCAUGUUCAGAUUAUGCACAGCAGGUGCUGUCGACUUCCAAUGCCAACGCACCAGUAGACCCAUGGCUCUUUUCCUUCUUUUUUGGUGUCUCAGCACUCAACAACCUUGGUCUCACUUUGCUGGAUGCGAGUGUAUCACCUUUUCAAAAUGCACCCUUCCCACUUUUGGUUGCCAUUACAUUGAUUCUUGUUGGUAAUACCGCCUAUGCCAUUCUUUUACGAUUUAUCAUUUGGGCCUUGUACAAGAUCACACCACGUACCAAACCCAUGCGUCGAGAAGGGCUUCGUUAUCUACUGGAUCAUCCACGUCGUUGCUACACGUUACUAUUUCCGUCAACACAAACUUGGUGGCUACUCAUCAUUGUGGUAACCAUCACCGUUGUUGAAGUCAUUUGUUUCCUUGCACUUGAUUUUUGGUUACCAGUGCUACAAGAGCUACCUUGGGGAUCUCGUGUAUUGGAUGGCAUCUUCCAAUCGGUGGCUACUCGUAAUGCUGGCUUUACAGUGUUGCCAUUGAGUCAUCUAAACCCUGGAACACAGCUUGUUUUUAUUGUAGCCAUGUACAUCAGUGUAUACCCCGUGGCCAUUUCAAUGCGUAACAGUAAUGUGUACCAGGAACGUGCUCUUGGCAUAUAUCGAGGAGAUGAUGAAGAAUCCAUGGUCUUCACCGACAAUGACUUGAAAGGCCCUGCUCCUUUUAUCAAAUUACGCCGCCAUCCUACUAUCAACAGCGUCAUGACACAAUCCCGCAAGAUACGACAACCCGAUUUCUUUGUGCUUACACAAAUCCAACGCCAAUUGACCAGCGAUAUCUGUUGGGUCAUUGUAGGUGUUUUUUGCAUUUGUAUUAUCGAAAGUGCCACCAUGAUGUCGUCCACAGCCAUCACAAUGGCCACUGUUAUCUAUGAAUGCGUUUCUGCCUUUGCCAAUGUAGGCGGCUCUAUUGGAUACCCUGAUACCAACACCUCACAAGCAGCUCAAUACCGCACCCUUAGCAAGCUGGUAAUCAUCCUUCUUAUGUAUCGUGGACGCCAUCGAGGUCUACCAUCAGCGAUUGAUCGUGCUGUCUUGUUACCCUCUGAGCAAUUAGAACAACAUGAGCUUGAAGACCAAAUGUUUAAACGUCGCAACACAUCUUUUACAAGUGGACGUAGCCCAUCCCUUGGCAACUUUGUUUUCUAUACUCGUUCAAGCACACUCUAA